GCGUGGGCUCGCGCAUGCGCGGACGGACGGCGUGGUCUGAGGCGAGUGUACGCGGGGCCUCGUGCGCGGCCGGACAUGGCGAAGAGCCUCAGGAGCAAAUGGAGGAGGAAGAUGCGGGCAGAGAAGAGGAAAAAGAACGCGCCCAGGGAGCUGGAGAGGCUGAAGAAGAUCCUGGGAACCAAAGCUGAUGUCAUCAUGGAGGAGGUCAAGGAGGUGGCGACCGUGCUGCCCCCCGAGAAAGUCCUGGAGCAGAAAGAUGACUGCAAAAUGGAGCUGGAUAAUAAACGAAACAAAAAAACUCUUCUAGACCAGCAUGGACAGUACCCAAUAUGGAUGAAUUCCAGGCAGAAAAAGAAGCUUAAGGCUCAGCGUGUUAAAGGGAAAAAAAAAUCGAAAUUGGCGAAAGGCCUAGUGUGGUAAAAUCAGUUUUGUAAGAUCAUGAAUAUAUUAUUUAACAAAAUAAAUCUGCCACAUAAAUUCAUGA